AUGUCCUUAGCAUCUGUGUUGAACGAAGAGAAAUCUCACAUCUGUCGGACGGAAGUUGAGGCCCUUAUGAACGCCGAAUCAUCUCCCAAAGCCUCCCUUCUCCGCGCAGAGAGGGAAUCGCGGGCGUUCGUGCUGGACACCCCUGGCUGCGUCAUCCCCGCCUUCGCCGCCUCGCACCCCAGCGUCGCCAGGUUUCGAGCGAGAAUACCCAAGAAGUUCUUCUGCUCCCUGCAACGGCCCCUGACUGAGGCUGAGGGACUGUUUCUCCUCCUCCACAAGGACCGAGCCACCGAGUACGACAUCCGCGAGGACCAUCUGCAGUGCGAAUACCAAGGGAUCGCGCGAGUCGAGCAGAGUUUCGAAAAUUUUACGAUAUCUUGCGAUCGUAAAUUUCGAUGGAAUUAUUUCUGCAUACCAGUUUUGCUUUGCUAUUUCUUGACGUCAUCAACUGCAUGGAAGCAUCGAGACAAGUUGCCAGUUCGGUUGAAAAGGAAAAUAAAACUGACGGAGACGAAGACACUGAUAGAGGAGGACGGCGUGAUGGUCACCUGUCACGACGGAACAUUUAUUGUCUACAGAAACGUGCACUAUUUUCUGCAGCCUCGAAGGUCCAAGAAGAAACGGGAUAGAUAUAAGAAGAAUAGUUAUGGGUUAUCAGAAAAGGAAGAGAGAUGCGGGAAGCUGGUGUUCAGAGACCGAGAGGCUUCCGUGUUGGUCAUGGGCAUCGACUCCGUGUCCCGAGCCAACAUGCGGCGCAACAUGCCCCGCACCUUCCGGCUCCUGAAGGACGACCUCGGCGCCCUCGACUUCCACGCCUUCAACAAAGUGGCCGACAACACGAACCCGAACAUGGCCGCGUCUCUCAUGGGACUCACGCAGGAGGAGCUGAAGAGGACGUGCCAGCCGGUGAACACGAUCUUCGACGGCUGCCCCCUCAUCUGGAGGAACUUCUCCGACGCCGGCUACGUCACCGUGUACGGCGAGGACGUCCCCUCCGUCGGCAUCUUCCACCACGGCAGGUUCGGGUUCCUGAGGGAGCCGACGGACUACUAUAACCGGCCUUCCAUGCUGGCGUCCGACCGCUACAUCCGGCACAGCGGAGGGCAGGGCGGGGACGCCGCACUCUGCCAGGGCGGAGCGAAAAGCAUCUCCGUCAUUUACGAUUAUUCUUUAUCCGUCGCGGAGGCAUUUAAGGACCUCCCUUACUUCGCCCUAUACUGGAGCACGGGCCUGACUCACACGGUGGUCGAAUGGGCGUCGGCGGCGGACGAGCCUUCAGUCGAGUACUUAAGAAAGUUAAACGCAAGCGGGGCGCUGGAGCACACGGUCGUCUUCCUUCUGAGCGACCACGGCAUCAGGUUCGGCGACAUAAGGGCGACCUACGCGGGCCUCCUGGAAGAGAGACUGCCGUUUUUCUUCGCGCUGCUCCCCUCUUGGUUCAGGCACAGCUACCCGCGCGCCUGGGAGAGCUUGGAGACAAAUACAAGGAGACUCGUGUCCAAUUUCGACUUUCACGUGACGCUGAGAGACAUCCUCUUCGCCGGGUACGAGGAGGCAGCAGAGAGCUUGCCUCCCUUAGCACACGGCCAGAGUCUGUUCCACGAAAUCCCACUGAACAGAACGUGCGAAGACGCUUCCAUUCCUGAACACUAUUGUACCUGUGAACACACCCAUCGAGUGGACGCCAGCGACAAGAGACUCCGCGAUGCAGCCGAUUUCGUCGUGGAACAACUGAACCGCAUGUUGCUAGAUUAUCCCGAUUGUGCGCAGCUGAAUGUAGAGCAGAGGAGGUCGCGUAGGGUCAAGUCGCCGCAGCGUCUCACCUCACGCGAGGGCAAAGGUCAUGACAGUUUCAGUGACCUUCCAGACUACACCAGAACUUCUGCAUUACGGAAUAAUACAGAUGUUGUUCAAAGCAUCAUAGCUGUUCAAUACAGCAUAACUGAAGAUCAAAUUAAUAUAACUAGUUCAUACGAUACGAUUAUUGAUCAGAGCAGUUUAACUAGCUUUCGAAAUCGAGGGGCCCAGCUGGAGGCAACCGUCAGGCAACAAGACAACGGCUUCGAACUCACGUCUGAUGUGUCGAGGAUUAACCAGUUUGGGAACCAGAGUCAGUGCAUUGAAGAUUCGUUCUAUAUGAGAUUUUGCUUUUGUCGAGAGUUGGACUUUGAUUUGGUUGCGUGA